UUUGGUUAUUUCUUGGCGCAAGUGUACUGAAGCAUGCCCCUAACGGCUGUAGUCUGUUCCAGUCCCGAGAGCCGCGUAUGUUGGACAAUCAGUGACAUGCCGGGGACAGUAUUGACCUUAUUGUGUUUUACACUUGAUGUGGAACCGUGUCCCUUUUUGGUGUUGUAUUAAAUUCUGACGAGCUCUCAAAGGAAUCACUGUAAUUUAAUGCCUGAAGAGAUAUAUUGGACUCACUGGAAUUCAAUAGAAAUCACGUGAUAGCGCCAUUAAAAACCCGUACGCUAUACGCACCCGUGUCAACACGGGUGAAAUAAUCGACCGCAGUGUAUGUGUCUGUGAGUCGUGAACAGAUUAGCCUAUUCCACGUUCUGGCCAGGAUUUGAAGAUAUCGAUCCUCACAGUACACACGGGGCGGACCAAUGAGGCUCCGGAAUUUUUUUCUCAAGAUGCCCGGCCUCCGAGGUCGCAGAUAUGCUCUUGUAUUUCUGAUGUUAUAUAUCCAUGUAUGGAUAUUGUGUCUAAUACAUAAGUCGGCCUUGACUGACAAUGAGACAUUAUAUAUGGACACGGAAGUGACGAAAUCUCAAAAACAUGUCGUUCAGUUCUCCAGUCGAGACUGGGUAGAUAAAUCAGAACGCUUAAUUCUCAUAUGGACACCGAUGUUUCUGAAUUGGUUCUGGACUGACGUUUUACAGAAACAGAUGAGCGAAUGUACGCAUGCGUGCUCGGUCACUUCCGACCGUUCGCGGAUUAAGGAAGCGGACGCCGUGUUAUUCCAUAUUUUUGACCUGUGGUUCUGGGUUGGAAUGCCGACUUACCGUGACCCUCAUCAGGUUUGGGUUGUUUGGUGGGCCGAGCCAACAACUCGAGUCUGGCCAGAUCUACAUCGGUUCCGUUACACAUUUAACUGGACCAUGAAUUAUCGUAGGGAUUCUACAGUAGAGGCCCCAUUCGGUGUUGCUGUGCCUUUAUCAAAGGAGGAAAAGAAGGAAAAGGAAAUUUGGUUUAAUUCACAAUUUUACACGUCUAUAAAACAUAAAGUUAAUAACGUGGCUAUCACGAACAGUGACUGUUACGACGAAGUUCAGCGCUACCGUCUUGUUGAACAGUUAAGGAAACACGUACCAGUCGAUUUCUACGGUCGGUGUGGCAACCUUUCCUGUCCAAGAGAUAACGAGGUAUGCUAUACCAAACUCAAGAGUUAUAAGUUCAUGAUUCAGUUUGAAAACAGUUACUGUGAUGACUAUGUUUCAGAAAAAUACUGGAAUUCGCUGCUGUCAGACAACGUUCCCAUUGUCAACUGGAGAAUACAACAACAGCAUUAUCCGGUUAUAAAUCAUACAUUCAUCAAUAUAUUUGACUUUACCGAUAUGAAAGCAGCGGGGGAAUACAUAAAAAAGGUAGCGUCCAAUGAUGAGUUGUACAGGAGCUACUUUAAAUGGAGGACAGAGUAUAAGAUUAUCAAAACCGGUAUAUGGGCCCAGUUUUGUAAUCUUUGUGACGCUUUGCAUGAUUCUAAGCGGCCCGCUCAGGUCAUUGAUGACCUCCAGGCCUGGGUGGAGGACGAUACGUGUGUGAAAGGAACGCCAUGGAAUUUUCUGGAGAGAAGGAUCAACCGACACAUCUUUGAUAUGGGCUACUAAUGUUUGACGGACAAUUGGACGGACAUAUACAUUGUUACUGGACUUAAAUUAAAACAGACGGACGUUGAAUAGACAACUGGCAAGGUAUGAAGCGAUCAUGCAGAUUUUCACUGGAUUAACUUCAACAAAUAGACAACUGGAAAGAUAUAGGACGUUGAUAAGAGGUAUCGAACGGGUCAAGUGCAUGAGGGGCACGAGACAGUAGCAUGAACUACGUUAUUGAGGCAAUUGGAGAUUAACGGCCGGACGUACACUUGUACGGACAGCAGACAAACAGCUGCGUCGAUACAAUACGGAAUCGGGCAUACAGCUAAGUCGACUUAAAACUGAUGUUGGAACAAUGCCGGCAAAUCGAUCUCCGGGACAGACAAGUGGAAAUAUAUUCCACGUAAAAUUGACAAUGUUUAACCAUUUGGACGAAGAUUUAUCUCUAGAUACUGCGUGACAAUACAGACUGCCAUUAUGUCGAGUUUGAUAGUUUGAUAUACGGCCGAUAAUGUUAAUUCUAUAUGUCAGUCAGUUAUGGAAAAGAUCAAUAUGCUAAGAAAAUUAAAAUUCAUAUUAAAACGAGAUGAUCUACUUAGAAUUCAUAAAACUUUCAUUCUACCUACCUUAGAAUAAACUUUGGGAUGGGUGUUCAAUAUCUGACUCUAUGAAAUUAGAAUUAGCUCAACGUGAGGCAGCUCGCAUCAUAACUGGUUUACCAUCUUAUAUAAAUAUUUCAGCUCUAUAUUCAGAAACGAGCAUUGAGACUCUUUCUUGAAAAUUAUGUCUUGUUUUUUAUAAAAUGGAUAGAAUUUAACACCAAAUUUUCUCCAUUGUCUUCUUCCUCCAAAAGUAGGCGAUGCUAACAACUACACUCUUCGAACUAACAAUAAUUACAGAAUUCCCCACUACAGACUCUCCCUUACUCCUCCUUUAUACCUUCCUCUCUGUGGAAUGACCUGGACGUAACUACUAGAUCAUCUCCUUCCUUGGCAACUUUUAAGAAAACGAUAUCCAGAUCUGAUGAAGAUAAAUAUCCAGCUUUUUUAAAAUUUUGGUGACAGAAAAGUAGUAUAGGUUUCAGAAAGACUAAUAUUAUACAUACUUAAUUACGACAUAGAUGUAGUCAAUUAAAGUAUGAUUUGUUCCGUGCAAACCUCAUAAACAGUCCCGAUUGUAGCUGUGGAAAUACAUGUAGUUGUGAGAGUGUCCAUCAUUUUUUCUUUGAAUUUGAAAAUUAUGUAAAUUGAAGGGAUGUUUUAUUUGAUCAUUUAAGAAACUUGAAUAUAAAUAUAACUUUGAAUGUUUUACUGUAUGGCGAUAAACUGUAUGCCGAAAAUAUAAACUUAAAUAUUUUCAACCACGUGCAUCAUUAUAUCAAUUCAAGAAAAGAUUUUGAUAUACAUAUUUACAUAUUUAUAACUAUAUACAAAAUGUGUUGUUAUGUAAAUCUAUUGAUAUUGUGUAGGCCAUUGAAUGUUGUAUUGUUUAAUCUAUAUUGAGUGCUUUUAUAAGUUGUAAAAAACUUGUGCCCUAUCCUUUUGUUCAAAUGACAAUAAAAUAAGUUUAAUAUAUAUAUAUAUAUAUAUAUACAUUGUAUAUACGCCCGUUCAGCAACCUCGUGCGGUUAAAGUUUAGGUUUCUUCAGUGGUCUACAUUUCAAUCAGGUUAUGCGUUAAUUUUUGACAUGUAUAUUAAUAUGGGCCUAACGACGUCAUUAUUGAUUCAAUUAUGGAAAAAAAAAUGGAAAUUUCUCGGUGAAAGCCUUGGUGUAUGUUUUCCUUAGUUAUGUACGGUUCUAUUGUCCUAAUUUUUGGCGUAGAUGUUCCGGUUGAAUCUACAAUUUUCAUAUAAAUAAGG